AUGGCUACUCGACCCCAGAACAUCGGCAUCAAAGCCAUUGAAAUCUAUUUCCCCAGCCAGUGUGUUGACCAAGCCGAUCUCGAAAAGUUCGAUGGCGUCUCACAAGGCAAAUACACCAUCGGUCUGGGGCAGACUCGCAUGUCUUUCUGCGACGAUCGAGAGGAUAUCUACUCCAUCGCCCUCACAACCCUCACCAGCCUCGUCUCGAAAUACUCGAUCGACCUGAAGAACAUUGGACGAUUGGAAGUGGGCACUGAGACCAUGCUGGACAAGAGCAAGAGUGUGAAAUCAGUCUUGAUGCAACUCUUUGAAGAGUCUGGCAACUUCAACGUCGAGGGUGUUGACGCUUAUAACGCAUGCUAUGGUGGCACCAAUGCCGUAUUUAACUCCGUCAACUGGAUUGAAUCCUCCGCGUGGGACGGACGGGACGCCGUCGUUGUGGCAGGUGACAUCGCCCUCUACAAGAAGGGCAACGCUCGCCCGACUGGUGGUGCAGGCUGCGUUGCAAUGGUCAUUGGCCCAGAUGCCCCCAUUGUCUUCGAUGCGGGUCUCCGUGGCUCCUACAUCACCCAUGCCUAUGACUUCUACAAGCCGGACUUGACAAGUGAAUACCCCUAUGUUGAUGGACAAUUCUCCUUGAGAUGUUACACAGAGGCCGUUGAUGCGUGCUACAAGGCAUACAACGCCCGCGAACAGACCCUGAAGUCCCGAGCCAACGGCGCCGCGACUAAUGGUCACGCCAAUGGCAACGGUGUCCAUGAGGAGGAGACGCAAAAAGCACCCCUCGACAGAUUCGACUACAUGGCAUUCCAUGCCCCAACAUGCAAACUGGUGUCCAAGUCAUAUGCUCGAUUGCUCUACAACGAUUUCUUGCAAGAUCCAACCCAUCCUCAGUUCAAGGAAGUGGCUCCUGAGCUACGAGACAUUGAUUACCAGGCUUCUUUGACCGACAAGAAUGUGGAAAAGACCUUCAUGGCUCUGACGAAGAAGCGAUUCAACGAGCGAGUACAGCCUGCUAUCCAGGUUGCAACCAUGUGUGGAAACAUGUACUGUGGUAGCGUUUACGGCGGUCUUGUUGGCUUGAUCAGCAAUGUCGCGCCGAAACAACUGUAUGGCAAGCGACUGGGUAUCUUCAGUUACGGAAGUGGUUUGGCCAGCUCCAUGUUCAGUCUCAAGGUGGUUGGUGAUACCACUGAGAUGGUGGAGAAGCUCAACUUGCAAGAACGAUUAGACGCUCGCAGAGUCGUUGCACCCGAGGUCUAUGACGAGAUGUGCAUGCUCCGAGAGAAGGCACAUCUCAAGAAGGACUUCAAGCCAGCUGGUGAAGUCGACACCCUGGUGAGCGGAACCUACUACUUGACCAACGUUGAUGACAUGUACCGGAGGAAGUACGAGGUGAAGGCAUAA